AUGGCGAACAACUACUCCUACAAGUACUUCCAAGUCCACUUCCCGGCCGACCAUGCCUACGUCGCGCACGUGGAAAUCAACCGCCCGGACAAGCUGAAUUCUUUUUUCGAAGCCAUGUGGCUCGAACUAGCUCAACUCUUCAACCAACUCUCCCACGACCCAUCCGUCCGCGCGAUCCUCCUCACCGGCGCCGGCGAGAAAGCCUUCACAGCCGGACUAGACGUCCACGCCGCCUCACAAGGUCUCCUCUCCUCCGACUCGAGUAACGAAGUUGAUUCCGCCCGUAAAGCAGCACACAUGCGUCGUCACAUCAGUUCUUUCCAAGACUGUAUCACCGCCGUCGAACGAUGCGAGAAACCCGUGAUCAGCGCCAUGCACGGCUUCGCGCUGGGAUUAGCCAUCGAUCUCAGCACGGCGACAGACGUUCGGAUCUGUGCGCGCAACACGAAGUUUGCCGUCAAGGAAGUGGACAUCGGAAUCGCAGCUGAUAUCGGGACGCUGAGUCGGUUGCCCAAGGUAGUGGGAAAUAACGGGUGGGUGAAGGAGGUGGCAUUGACGGCGCGGGUGUUUGGGGCCGAGGAGGCCGAGAAGGUCGGUUUCGUGAAUUCUGUCUAUGAGGAUAAGCAAAAGACGGUGGAGGCGGGAUUGGCGUUGGCGCGGUUGAUGGCGGAGAAGAGUCCCAUUGCGGUGCAGGGGACGAAGGAGAUUUUGAAUUGGUCGAGGGAUCAUUCGGUUCAGGAUGGACUUCGGUAUACGACUGUCUGGAACAGUGCUGCACUGCAGACGAAGGAUGUCUCUGAUGCAUUGCUUUCGGGGAUUCAGAAGAGGAAGCCUACGUUCGAGAAACUAUGA